AUGUGGCGUGCUCAAGCUAUUGUAAACAGGCGGGGGAGGAAUAAUGUCGAGGCUGAUGAGAUGCAGCCCAUUGCAGCGCAACCUAGAGCCGUGGUAGCACCCACUCGGCUAGUGACGAUGGAGGACUUCAAGAGGCACAAGCCCUCAAAAUUUACGGGCAAAUCCACUCUUGAUGAGGCAGAUGCUUCGCUUAGAGAGUGUGAGAAGAUCUGUAGGGUGAUAGAGUGCACUGAUGCACAGAAGCUGCCUUUCGUCACCUUCCUGCUGGUGGCAGAUGUAGAAUACUGGUGGGUGGGCAUGCAACAGCUGAUGCAGACCUGGGUGGAGCAGGCCAAGGCAGUUGAGCAGUUGGAGAUGGGGCCCAGUAGAGUGGCUCGACCUCAGAAGAACACCAUCGACUCACGACAGCAGAAGAAGUCGUAUAACAGACCACAGUCUUCGGCUAGGAAACUACAGUGUUAUAACUGUGGUGGGAAGCACCUCAUGAGGGAUUGUCCAAAACCCUCUAGCAGCUUGGGUGGUGGUAGUAGCAUUGGCAAGUGCUAUCUUUGUGAUCAAAUGGGGCAUUUUGCACGUCACUACCCUAACAAGAAACCAGUUGGAGGUGUGCCAGCCAAGAAACCAGUAGGAGAUCGGCCUAGAGCACAAAGUCGUGUUUUUGCCCUAAUGACCACUGAGGCUACUCAGUCAGGAGCUACCCAUUCAUUCGUAUCCAAUGAAUGUGUGAGGAGGCUCGGUCUAGUGAUGCGAGAGUUAGGGUGCGAGUUGAUAGUUGCAACACCAACGUCUGGCAAGGUAUCCACCACGCCUAUUUGUGUUGGAUGCCCUUUAGAGGUGGCAGGCCACAGGUUCAAGGCAGUGAAGGAGAUUGAAGCUGGAGCUACUUGUUUUAUGAUACUGGCUCAGACAAAAAGGAAGAGUAUUGAGGAACAAAUUAGCAUGAUUCCAAUGGUCGAUGGAUAUGCGGAUGUGUUUCCAGACGAGAUACCUGAGUUGCCACCGAGUAGGGAUGUUGAUUUCACUAUUAAUUGA